CCAAAUCGUAGUGUCAAGUGUGUGUGUUUCCGCCCAAACGACUGGUUUCCACAUCUGUCUUUCACCUUGCAAAAACCACGCCUUUAUUAGGGGAUUCUUGAAAUUUCAGUAUCAACUGAAAAAAAACCUGGAAAUGCUUUAAUUUGAGUUUAGGUUUUUAUUGAGUUGGUGCAGAAAAAACAACAAAAAACUGAGGGAUUAAUAACCCAAAGAUUACUUCACCUGGGGGAUGGGUGACGAUGCUUUUGAUGGCCAGCUAUUGGCAGAGAAACUGUCUAAGCUUAACAGCUCACAACAAAGCAUAGAAUCUUUAUCACGAUGGUGCAUCUCAUAUCGUAAGAAAGCCAAGCAGAUCGUUGAAACGUGGGAUAAAUCGUUCAGAUCUGCACAGCGGGAGCAACGUGUUUCAUUUCUGUACUUGGCCAAUGAUAUUCUGCAGAAUAGUCGGCGCAAGGGCAGUGAGUUUGUUAAUGAGUUCUGGAAGGUCCUUCCUGCGUCUCUGAAGCAUGUUUUUGAAACUGGUGAUGAAAAUGGGAAGAAAGUGGCUUCUAGACUGGUUGAUAUAUGGGAAGAGAGAAAAGUUUUUGGAUCCAGGGGUCAGAAUCUUAAAGACGAAGUGUUGGGCAAGAGUCCGGCUCCGUCAGUAAGCAACCUGAAGAGCUCAAAUCCUAUCAAAGUUGUGAAGAAGGAUGCUCACUCAGUAAGGAUUAAAUUGGCUGUUGGCUGUACUCCAGAGAAAAUUGUAACAGCAUUCCAACUAGUUCAUGAUGAAAAUGUGAAUGAGGAAGAUGCUUUGAACAAGUGUAAAGAUGCAGUUUUUCGCGUUGGGGAAAUGGAGAGUGAUAUUGAAAACCUUUCCUCCCAAGGAAAUCUCGAGGGUUCUGAAUUGAUGGAUAAGAUGCAAGAACAGGAAAGCGUACUUCAGCAAUGCAUCAGCGACCUUGAGAAUGCUGAAUCAUUGAGAGUUACCUUGAUUUCUCAGCUGAAAGAUGCACUUCAAGAUCAAGAAUCUAAGCUAGAGUUAUUACGCAGUGGGCUGCAGGUUGCGCGUGGUCAGAUUGAACUAGCAAAAAAUGUAAGACGGAGGCUGACAUCGCCCAGUGUUGCUGUUGCACCAUUUAAUACUAGUAUCCUUCCAAUUGAAGUCACCAGAGCAACUGAAUCAACCCCGCCCUCAGUGCCAUUAACCAACAUACCUCCUCUGCCUCCACCUCCCAAUCCUGCAACUUCUUUUGCAAAUUCCAAACCUAAUGAAGAGGAAAGCAAAAGGGCGGCAGCAGCAAUUGCUGCAAAACUUGCUGCUUCGACAUCUUCUGCUCAAAUGUUGACCUCUGUUCUUUCAUCCCUUGUUGCUGAAGAAGCUGCGUCACUGAGCAGUGGAUUGAAAUCAACUGGCUUCUCCUCUAGCUUACCUUUUGCAUCCCCAGAGAAACGGCUCAAGUUAGACAAGCCAAUGACUUUUGCUGAUAUGAACAGUUCUGAAGGGGGUAGCUCCACUUACUUCCCUUCAUCACAGCAAAUGAUUACUAGCAUUCCUCUUGGCCCCUCCUCAGGCUUGCAAUCUGUAUCCCAGUCAAACCAAAUGCAAUCCCCGUUCCCACCUCCACCACCUCCUCCGCCGCCUUUACCUCCAGCAAAUUCCCCUGCAAGUCAGUUAGUUCAAUCUGCAGCUAUGAUGAUGAUGCCAUAUGGAUAUAGUGCGGGCCUUCAACCACCUAUGUCUUCUCAAAUUGCAAUGGGACUGAGGCCUCCUCAUCCACCAUCCCAGCAAGCACAACAGCAGCAACUGCAGACUCAGCAGCCACAAUCUCAGCAGCAGCCUGCCAACAGUGGAUUUUAUCGUCCUCCUGGUAUUGGAUUCUAUGGACAAGCCCAUCAGCAGACGACACCAGCAGGGCCCCGGCAGUGAAUCCCUUUCGAAUAGGGAGUGCAUGUUACAUUGUACAUUAAUAGUAAAAGUAGACUAGAUCUAGUUACUGUUUACCUCAUCUUUUCAUACUUUCUCUGCGCCCGUCACUCUUCAAUACCCACCCUCCUUCGAACCAAGCUACCCUAUUUUGUUUUAGUAUCGGGUGUUUUGCAUCCCCUUUAAGUGUUACCUGUAACCUUAUGUAGGUGCUGUAAAAUUAGCUGUAGAUUGAAGGUCCAUGUACUUAAUAUCUUCAGAACCAGGAGCAGAAGGAAACUACUAGGUGAAAUUUUAACCUCUUUCUGCUUUGUGGGCCUGUCUAUUAGUCCUUUUGAAUGGUUGAAACUAUGUGUAAUCAUGCGAUUUUAACUUGUUCUAUACUGUACUUCAUUGA